AUGGCUGAAUUAACAUUUGUUAUUAAAAAACAAAAUUUGAAAAUGUCUGCUUUUCUCGGUAUCCCGACCGCAGUGCUUACGGACUCUUAUAAACCUACUCACGCGUUUCUGUUCCCUGAAGCUAUAAAGAGUGUAGCGUAUGGUGAAUUUAGGAGCGGGUAUAAUGGUGACAAAGAGGACACUCGCAUAUUAUUUUAUGGGAUCCGAUACAUAAUUGAAAAUUAUAUUUCUGUGAAAUGGACUUUACAAGAUGUUGAAUUGGCAGAAAAAUUUUAUGGAACUCAUAAUGCCGAAAAUGACGGGUACUUUCCUAUAAAAAUUGAAGCAUUACCGGAAGGUACUGCUUGCCACGUGCAUACUCCUGUUUACCAGAUUACAGCCGAAAAGGAAUAUUCAUUAUUGGUUACAUUCUUGGAAACAUUGAUCACAAUGAUUUGGUAUCCUACGACCGUGGCAACACUUUCGCGCCGUGCACGUGAUGUAGUCGAACAAGAAUAUAAUGAUACCGUUGAUGACGGUAUCAAAGAUUGGUCAUUGGAAACUAAAUUACAUGAUUUUGGUUUUCGGGGAUGUACCUCAUUAGAACAAUCUGUAAUUGGAGGUUCCGCUCAUUUGAUCAAUUUCACUGGAUCUGAUACAAUGAGCGCUGGUUAUUAUGUUCAAUUUAAACUCAAUAAUGGAAAACCUGUCGCCUCCUCCAUUCCAGCGACUGAACAUUCCGUUAUGACUGCUCAUAAAACCGAAAAAGACGCUAUUUUGCGCAUGAUCGAUCGGUUUGGUAUUGGUGUAUUUGCUUGUGUGAUGGACUCCUAUGAUUAUGCUAACGCGUUAAAUAAAAUUUUACCAUCAAUUGCCGCUCAAAAGGUUGAAAAGGGUGGUUUCAUGGUUCUUAGACCUGAUAGUGGUGAUCAAGUGGAAGUGGUUUUGAUGGCACUCAGAGCUGCUGAUAAAGUGUUUGGAAGUGAUGUAAAUAAAAAAGGUUAUAAAAUCAUUCGAGGUUGCUCUGUCAUUCAGGGUGAUGCUGUUACCAUCGAAUCCAUGAAAAAAAUUUUGCAUGCGGCUAAGGAAGCCGGUUAUUCAGCAAAAAAUAUCGCAUUUGGUAUGGGUGCUGGAUUGUUACAGAAGCUUAAUCGUGAUACAAUGAGCUUUGCUACAAAAUUGUGUCACAUAACUUAUGCUGAUGGGUCUCGAAGAGACAUUAUGAAAAGCCCUAAAACAGAAACCGGAAAAAUUAGUUUGCCCGGUGAAUUUGUCGUCAAGAGAAAUGAACAUGGAGUACCAAUUGUUUAUCCUAAAGAGGUUUGUGCAGAAAACGAUCCUGAAAACCUCCUACGUGUGGUUUAUGAUCAUGGUAAAGUAAUUGAAUGGGAUGACUUUAAUACUAUUCGAGAACGUGCGGCUAAAGAAUGGUCAUGUUUACCACGUUCCUACGAUAACAUUAGUCCUGAACUUAGAGAGAAAAUUUCAAAAUGCAUUAAGGAGAUUAAAAGUAGAUUGGAAGAAAUGUAA